UAUAAAGUAAUCAAUUUUUUUGUAAAAUAGUCGAGUUCGAUUCUGUUUAAUCUCUCUGUCUCUCGUUCCUCACUGUAUCAAUAAAAAAUAAUUUAGUAGUAUUUGUUUUCCAGGUAAUUUCCACCCAUUUUUUCUCUCUCAUCCCAUUUCUCUCAUUCUCUCUCCUCCCGGCAUUUUUCCCGGCGAUCAACUUCUUCUCGCCUGAAAAUGAAUUCUUAAGUUCUUUCAGAUCCUAAAUCCUGCAAAUUGUUCCUCUCUGUUCGAGGGAAAACAAAUCAACAAUGUCUCGUCAAAUGACUUCUGCUCAUUUUCACAAAUCCAAAACCCUCGACAACAAAUAUAUGUUGGGAGAUGAGAUAGGGAAAGGAGCAUACGGUCGAGUAUACAAGGGCUUGGAUUUGGAGAAUGGAGAUUUUGUGGCAAUUAAACAGGUCUCAUUGGAGAAUAUAGCUCAGGAGGAUCUCAACAUUAUUAUGCAAGAAAUUGAUCUUCUGAAGAACCUUAAUCACAAAAAUAUUGUAAAAUAUCUUGGAUCCCUAAAGACAAAGAGUCAUCUUCAUAUUAUACUUGAAUAUGUGGAGAAUGGAUCACUUGCAAAUAUAAUUAAGCCAAACAAGUUUGGGCCGUUUCCCGAACAACUAGUUGCUCAUUACAUUGCUCAGGUAUUAGAAGGCCUUGUUUAUCUCCACGAACAAGGAGUUAUUCAUCGUGACAUCAAGGGUGCCAAUAUAUUAACAACUAAAGAGGGACUAGUCAAACUUGCCGAUUUUGGGGUGGCUACUAAGCUAACAGAGGCAGAUGUCAAUACUCAUUCUGUUGUAGGAACUCCAUACUGGAUGGCUCCAGAGGUAAUUGAAAUGUCAGGAGUUUGUGCCGCAUCAGACAUAUGGAGUGUUGGAUGUACAGUGAUUGAACUUCUAACAUGUGUACCUCCUUAUUAUGACCUGCAACCUAUGCCUGCUCUCUUCCGUAUAGUUCAGGAUGAGCAUCCUCCAAUACCUGAUGGUCUAUCUCCAGAUAUGGCUGAUUUUUUGCGGCUGUGUUUUAAGAAGGAUGCCAGACACAGGCCUGAUGCUAAGAUGCUGCUUUCUCAUCCUUGGAUUCAAAAUUACAGGCGUACAUUGCAGCCAUCCCUUCCCGCAAGUGAUGGAAUUAGGAGCACACAAGCAGAUGCUUUGAUAGAAUCAGAAUUGUCUAAUGGAGAUGAAAUUGGUGCGACUGAAACCCAAUCUGUUGAAGAAGUUGCCAAAAGAGAGACGUUGUUGAAAGAUGAUACUGAUGCAAGUAAAGCUGAGAAUGACCAAGGGAGCAGUUGUGAUCCUUCUGAGGAAAGAAUUGGAUAUUCUGGAGAUUUAAUGGCAGAUCAAGUUCCAACGCUAGCUAUUCAUGAGAUAUCUCCUGUCGAAUCCACUUCCAUUAUGAUUUCUGCUCAUACACAACGUUCUGGGUCGGAGCACCUUAGUGACCAAGGGCAUAAGAACGACUGUGAAGAAGCUUUGGAAAACGGCGAGCUGGGAUCUCCUAAAUCUAGGACCAAAGAUGCUGCGGCUGGAAAAGUUCAAGGAAAAGGCAGUACUGUACAUAAAAUGAAUAGUUUAUUCAGUUUUGGCAUGAGAAAUCAAGAUGAGAAUGUUCUUAAGGCUGCAAAAAAGGGCUAUUCUACGGGGAAUGAGUUGAGUAAAUUCAGUGACACACCUGGGGAUGCAUCUUUGGACGAUCUAUUUCGUCCUCUUGAUAAAAAUGCCGAAGAUCGUUCUGCUGAUACUUCUGCUUCCACUUCCACAUCUCAUGCUAACCAAAGCAAUGCUGCACCUGAGUCCGGAAAGAAUGACUUGGCAACAAGGUUAAGGGCUGCUAUUGCUCAAAAACAGAUGGAGAGUGAAAUGGGUCAGUCAAAUGGAGGUAACUUACUUCAAGUUAUGAUACGGGCAUUGAAGGAAGAUGUGAUUGAUAUAGACAGCAGUUUGGUUUUUGAUGACAAGCUUCCUGGAGAAAAUCUUUUUCCACUUCAAGCUGUUGAAUUCAGCAGAUUAGUUUCAUCACUAAGGCCUGAGGAACCGGAGGAUGUGAUCGUCAAUGCUUGCCAGAAGCUUAUUGCGUUUUUUAAUCAACGUUGUGAGCAGAAAGUUGUUUUUGUCAAGCAGCAUGGUUUGCUUCCUCUCAUGGAGUUGCUUGAAGUUCCCAAACCUCGUGUUAUAUGCUCCGUCCUACAAGUCAUUAAUAAGAUAAUUAAGGAUAACACAGAUUUUCAGGAAAAUGCUUGUCAUGUUGGCUUAAUUCCUGUUGUGAUGAGUUUUGCUGUUCCUGAUCGUCCUCGGGAAGUUCGUAUGGAAGCAGCAUAUUUCCUGCAACAGCUUUGCCAAUCCAGUUCUUUGACGCUGCAAAUGUUCAUUGCUUGCCGUGGAAUACCAGUUCUGGUGGGCUUUCUGGAGGCUGAUUAUGCUAAAUACAGGGAAAUGGUUCAUCUAGCUAUAGAUGGGAUGUGGCAGGUGUUCAAACUUCAGAGAUCAACACCAAGAAAUGACUUCUGCCGGAUUGCUGCCAAAAAUGGAAUUUUACUUAGGCUUAUCAAUACGCUUCACAGUUUGAAUGAAGCAACUCGGCUCGCCUCCAUAUCUGGUGGUAGUGGACUAAAGGCAGAUGGUUCAGUUCAACGACCGCGUUCAGGUCAACUUGAUCCUAAUAACCUGGUUUUCAUUUCUAGUGAAGCGACUCAUACUGGAUCGGAACAGGCUGAUCUCAGAGGACAUUCCUCAUCUACAGUUGAUGCAGAUAAGCCUCAAUCAAGUCAUGCGACUGUUGAAUCCUCUGCUUCUUCAAGAUCAACUGAUGCUGCAGAAAAAUUUGCGAACGUUGUUAAGGAGGCCACUCGAGCUGAACUGGACCUCAGACAGCAGCGUGUUGCUGGUUCCUCCAGUAGACCUUCCACAGACAGGUCUCCGAAAUUAGAUGGUGGUUCAAAUGGACUUCCUUAUGCUGCUUCUUCUCAACAAGAACACGUUCGUCCUCUUCUUAGCUUGCUUGAAAAAGAACCUCCAUCAAGGCAUUUCUCUGGUCAGUUUGAUGUGCGUCAGUUAGCUGGCAUUGAGAAACAUGAAAGCAUUGUGCCUUUGUUGCAUGCAUCUAAUGAAAAGAAGACAAAUGGUGAACUAGAUUUUCUGAUGGCUGAAUUUGCUGAGGUUUCAGGACGUGGUAGGGACAAUGGAAAUGCUGAGACCCCUAGAAUUUCAAAUAAAUCUGCAAUCAAGAAGCUCACAUCAAUAGCUUCUAAUGAUGGAGCUGCUUCUACGUCUGGGCUUGCAUCACAGACUGCAUCAGGUGUACUCUCAGGUUCAGGGGUUUUGAAUGCAAGGCCAGGGAGUGCAACAUCAUCUGGGCUGCUUUCUCAUAUGGUCUCUGCAAUGAAUGCUGAUGUUUCUAAGGAGUAUCUUGAGAAGGUGGCAGAGCUCCUUCUUGAGUUUUCCCAAGCAGACACCACGGUGAAGUCAUACAUGUGUAAUCAAAGCUUACUUACUCGACUUUUUCAUAUGUUCAACAGGGUUGAACCCCCUAUUCUUUUGAAGCUGCUGAAGUGUAUCAACCAUUUGUCAACUGACCCCAAUUGUCUGGAGAAUCUUCAGAGGGCAGAAGCAAUCAAACAUCUUAUCCCUAACCUGGAGCUGAAGGAAGGGCCUCUUAUUUCCCAAAUUCAUCAUGAGGUUCUCAAUGCUUUGUUUAAUCUCUGCAAAAUAAAUAAGAGAAGGCAGGAGCAAGCAGCUGAAAAUGGAAUUAUCCCCCACUUAAUGAAUUUCAUCAUGUCAGAUUCUCCCUUGAAACAGUAUGCAUUGCCUUUAUUGUGUGAUAUGGCUCAUGCAUCACGUAAUUCGAGAGAACAGCUAAGAGCUCAUGGUGGAUUGGAUGUGUAUUUGAGUCUACUUGAUGAUGAGUUUUGGUCCGUGACAGCUUUAGAUUCUAUUGCGGUAUGUUUGGCACAUGACAACGACAAUAGGAAGGUUGAACAGGCUCUAUUGAAAAAGGAUGCAGUUCAGAAGCUGGUUAAGUUUUUCCAGAAUUGCCCAGAACAGCAUUUUGUUCACAUAUUGGAGCCUUUCUUGAAAAUAAUUACGAAAUCACCUCGGAUAAAUACAACGUUAGCUGUCAAUGGCUUAACACCAUUGCUUAUUGCAAAACUGGAUCACCAGGAUGCUAUAGCUCGAUUGAAUUUGCUCAAGUUAAUCAAGGCUGUUUAUGAGCAUCAUCCACGACCAAAACAAUUGAUUGUGGAAAACGAUCUUCCUCAGAAACUCCAGAAUUUAAUCGAGGAACGAAGAGAUGGACAGAGAUCUGGUGGUAGUGGCCAAGUCUUGGUAAAGCAGAUGGCCACUUCCUUACUUAAGGCACUUCAUAUCAACACAGUUUUGUAAAAUUGAGCCUUUUUAGCUAUUUUUAUUAAAUCUGUAUAUUCAAUUUUUAGGUAAUUUAUAUAAUUAAUUAUUUUCAGCUUGUAUCAGUUGAUCAUACGACAAGUAUGUGUGUAAAAAUAGGUGUGUGCUAUAGAGUUUCUACAGAAACAUUGUUCAAAUUGACUUUGUGGUUCUUUUAGGGUCCGUUUGGUUCAGUGAGCAGGAUUGGAAUAGUAUGGAACCCCAUACCAGAUUACCAGGAUGGUAUGGAUUCAGAACCCCAUACCAGACUAAAACUGUUUGGUUCAAUUCUGUAAUAGAUAUUCAAUCCAUUCACACUGUUUGGUUCAA